UGGUACGAGGCGGUCUUUUGUUGGCCGCACGGCAGUGGUCAGCGCUGCAUCCAUGUCUCCUGCUGUUGUUAUCAACGUACGCGCGCCCAUCGUUGUCUGGAUGAUGGUCCCCUAGCGCCGGACACGUGCCGGACCUAGUGCAAUGUGUCAGUGGUAGGGCUGCCAUCACCUUGUGAUUGUCACCUGCACGUGACGGUGUGCCGUGUGUUGUUGUAAAGUGUGAUAUUUUCCUGUUCGAACUCCUCGUGUGGUAUACGGCUCGGGUAACGCAGUGUCACCAUUUCUCCCCAAAGCGUGUGCAGACUGGAAUUCGAGUAAGAGUAUACCCGGCUUUGCAAUCCUACAGCCCUAGUGCAGCCGCUUACAUGUGGGCAGGAUAGACUCCACUUUCUUUUUAUGACUGACGUAACGGCCGUGGUGUUCUGGAGAACUCUGGGACCGCGCAUGUUGUGAACAUUUGGUGCACCUGGCUGAAGUACUUGACCGUAGAAAGUGGAAGUCGUGACGAAAGCAAACAGUCUUCCAGCUGGUGACCUGACCCCGCCGUGACCCUCCAUGACCUUUGUCUUCGACUGAAACGUUCUAGCAGCCAGAGUCGGGUCCCGCAACGUGGCUGGUCGUUGAUACGUUGGAGACAACGAGGAUAGAGCCAGUGUUGCAAUGGUAAAGAACAUUGCCACAGUGGGAUCGUGGGCCCCUGGGUUCAAAUAUCUUCGGCACCCAUGAUUUCUCGCUGGAUGUGUAAUACCUGUUGACAGACCUGGACACCCUCACCACGAUAUACCCUCAGUUGCUGACUCCAUGUAAACUCUAGCAGUGACUUCAUUGCUGUUGUGAGAAAUUCUUGUGAUCAUGUGAACAGUUACCAUCGUUCAUAAGAAGUUUCCACCGCCACCCAGAGACGAUGAAUUGAGGCAGCAACAGCAGCAGCAGCAGCAGGAAUAGUGUUCGUGAAGGCACGAGGUUGGGUGAGAAAUGUUUGAAGUCUGGUCACCAAUGUGGAGAGAGAACUGAAAAGCAGAGAGAAGUUCCUGACUCGGAGUCUGAGGAGGUUGUAAGGGGUAGAGAUAGCUCGCGAGAAGAUGGGCCCAUCUGGUGGCACGUGGAGGGCGGUGGUGCUGGAGUGAUGAGUCUGUCCGGCCAGCCAGGUGGCCAGCUGGAUGAUGAAUGCCUACCGCAAACGCCGGGAGGCCAGCAGAAAGGAGUCGGGACUGCCGCUGAGGGAAAGGCUAUACCAGUGCGUGCAGAGCGGCCCGCUGUCCGACAAGGUUCUGCGCCAUCUCACGGUCUCAGUCAAUGGACUAGAAGUGUUGUGCCUUAUGGUAGACCGGAUGGGAGAGGAGUUUAAGCCACAUAUAACUACAGUUCUUCCUGCUGUCAUUGACAGACUAGGAGAUGCUAAAGAUCAGGUUCGUGAUCAGGCACAACAGCUGUUGCUGAAGCUGAUGUUACCAGCAUCUUCCCCACAGUAUGUCUAUGAGCGGAUGGCUGGAGCAUUCGGUCACAAGCUGUGGCAUGUGCGUGAAGGGGUCCUGGUCUGCCUUCAAAACACAAUUAACAGAUAUGGAGCGCGCAGCUUGCAGUUGUCCAAAACUGUCCCAGCAAUUUGCAAACUUCUGGAUGACCAGAAUGGACAGGUGCGAGAUGCAGCAGUCAACACCCUGACAGAAAUUUAUCGCCACGUUGGGGAGAAAGUGAGAGUUGAUCUUAGCCGCAAAGGCAUUCCACAGCAAAGGUUGGCUCAGAUAUUUGCCAGGUUUGAUGAGGUGAAGGCAUCUGGAAACAUGUUGCCUACCGCUGAUAUGGAUCCCAUUUCUGCUGCAUCACGAGAAGAUGAAGUGGACUUUGCAAAGCCAGUCUCCACGAAAGUUCUCCAGUCCAAGAAAGGGUCGUCCAGUUCAGGUACAAAAGCCAAGGGAAUCCUCACAGCAUCCAAAUCAUCAACUGCUGUCGCCCAUAAGCGUCGCCGGUCAGGCUCAGCAAGCAGCUCGUCUGCAGCAGGUGCAGUGGAUGAAGAACUCUUUAUCAAAUCUUUUGAAGAUGUUCCUAAAGUUAAGAUUUUCUCAUCGCGAGAUAUGCUGGAUCAGAUUGCAAAAGUCAACACUGUUCUCUCAGACCCCAACCAGGAGUGGGAGAAACGAAUUGAUCAUCUCAAAUUAUUGCGAGCACUGGUGAUGAAUGGAGCAGCCGAACAUGAUGACUUCCACCAGCAGCUCCGGGUCUUAGAGCCAAGUUUUGUGCUUGCUGUCAAAGACCUCAGGUCUCAGGUGGUGCGGGAGGCAUGCAUCACUAUAGCCUAUUUGGCACAACAGCUGGGUAACAAGCUGGACCGCUGUGCAGAAGUGGUUUUGCCACCACUUUUCAUUCUCAUUCCUAACUCUGCCAAGAUCAUGGCCACCUCAGGCUGUGUAUGCAUCCGUUUCAUCAUCCAGUAUGUUCACUCCAGUCGCCUCAUUCCGAUAGUCACCAGCAACAUGUCAUCCAAAUCCAAUGCAAUAAGAAGACAAGCCUGUGAGUUUCUAAAUCAGCUGCUUCAUUCCUGGGGCACCCACACUUUGGAGAAGCACAUUGCCAUACUGCAAGAUGCCAUUCGGCGUGGCAUUAGUGAUGCUGACUCCGAAGCACGAGCAUUUGCCAGAAAAGCAUUCUGGGGAUUUGCAGAACAUUUUAAGUCUCAGGCAGAUGCUUUGCUGGGUAGUCUAGAUGUGUCAAAGCAGAAAAUGCUGCAAGGGGAGUUAAGUAACUCAUCCUCUAACAACUCCCUCAACAGUGCAGAAGGUCUGCGUCCUGGAAAACCACGUGCACGGUCUGCUAGUCAGGACCGUGCUCUUCCCAAGUAUGGAGGCACACUUGAACGCACAGGAUCCACACGUAAGACAUCAGCAGCCCGUGUGAGCUCGUCGAGAAGUGAUGCAGGCAGUGAUGUGGAUGUGGAAAUAGAGCCUCCCAAAGAUGUUAAUAUACCCAUAAGCCCUAGGCAGGCAGUUCCCAUUGUUCGCUCGCGGAGUGAUGUAGAUUUGAGUGGGGUGCAGCCUCGAGUCAACACCAGUAGGCCGCGAGCUUCGACACUGUUAGGCGUGCACAAAAUGGAAAAGGGCGCCACUACCUCAUUACCACGACAGAAAUCUAGCAGUCUGGGUACUAGUAAAGCUGUUUCAAAUCUUGUUACUCCGGAGAGGGCAGGCCGCACUCGAUCUCGGAUAGGCGUGUCUCAGUCCCAGCAGACAAGACCGGGCAGUAGGUCCACAUCACCUUCAUCACGAGGAAGCUAUCUGACACACACAGGUGGGGCAUCGCGUGAUCCCAUGACUCCUAAAGGCAAGCGCCGUUCAGGCAUUCCAAGAAGUCAGGGGACCAGUCGAGAAGCAAGCCCUAAUAGGGUAGCCUAUGGGCGUGAGCGGCGGUUGAGUGGAAGUAAAAUUCCUGGCACAUCAGGAGGUUUAAUUUCACAGAGAGUUUUACGCCCUGGCUCAGAUGUGGAAGAUGCCCUUCAUGAUGCUCUGUCACGCCCAGGGAGAAAACGCUAUGAUAUGUAUGACUCGGAUGAUGCGGCCAGUGAGACAUCCAGUGUGUGCUCUGAACGCUCUUACAGUUCAUACAGUGGACGUACUUCAGAGACCUCCUCUGAUGUGAUGGAUGGUCGUCAUGUCAAGGACAUGCAGGAGAUAUUGGCAUUAUUGGGCAGUGGUUCCUACACAGAGAGAAAAGACGGACUUGUGUCACUGCAGCAUCUUCUUCGAUCAGGCAGAUAUCUAAGCCGUGUUGAACUGAAGAAAGUUACAGAGAUCUUCUCACGAAUGUUUCAUGAUCCACAUAGCAAGGUGUUUAGCAUAUUUUUGGACACUCUUGUGGACCUGGCUAUGAUCCAUGCGCGGGAUCUGACUGAUUGGCUGUAUAUUUUGUUGACGCGCCUUCUGAACAAGACUGGUACUGAUAUGCUGGGCUCUGUCUUGGCCAAGCUCCAGCGUACCUUGGAUACUAUCAAGGAUACUUUUCCAUGUGAUCAUCAAUUCAACACAUUAACUAAAUUCAUUAUUGACCAAACACAGUCACCAAAUCUCAAGCAAAAGUUGACCAAAGAGAAGCAGUUCCAGGUCAAAAUAGCUAUGCUGAACUACCUUCAUUCACUGAUCAUGUGCAUGGAGCCUUCAGACUUUGUGAACACAAUGGAUACACGCCUAGCUAUAUCUCGCAUAAUCAACUGGACGAUGGAGCCCAGAAAUGUUGAUGUCAGAAAGAGUGCACAGCUGGUGCUGAUCAGCUUAUUCAACCUCAACCCCCCAGAGUUCUCUCUCAUGCUUGCUGCUCUUCCCAAAGCAUUCCAGGACGGUGCCACCAAGAUUCUCCACAGCCACAUGCGCAGUGCCAGCGAUGCCACUUCUGAUGUCCUUUCUCCACGUAAUGCUACUUCUCCACCUGCUGGGCAGCAGAGGAGCCGUCCUCCUUCCAGACAAAGCUUGGGGCAGCCAGAAGAUUUUGAAACAGAAAACAUGAAUCCAGAGGACAUCUACAACUCCAUCAAGAAGACAUCCGCAGACAUUCAAAACCUGAGCUUGGGCACAAAGUUAGAUGGUUAUGAUGAUAUCAAGAAGAAAAGGGAGUUUGCUUCUCAGGACAGUGGAAUCCAGGAGUUACGAAAUGACAGUCCAGAUGGAGUAGAUGCUAGAAGAGGGAACUUGCACAUGUACAAUCCCAACCAGUAUCAGGAUGAUCACACGAUUAAUGGGUUUAGCAAGAUGAGCCUGCAUGAUGAUGAAGCAGGAGUUUACGAUAAAAGAGUGACCAUACCAGAGAUUCUUAGAGAGUUGUCUAAUCACAAUGAAAGGGUACGAGAACGACGUCGAAUGCUAGAUGCUUUGCUCAAACUGGUGCGGGAUAAUGCCAUCACAACAGAGCAAUGGGACGAGCAUUUCAAGUCCAUCCUGCUUAUUCUCAUUGAGACAUUUGGAGACAGUGACAAAACCAUGAGGAUGGAUGCCUUGAUUGUGUUUCGUUCCAUUCUGAAGCGACAGCCUGCCCGUUUCCGUGAUUAUGCAGAACUGACCAUCCUCAAGAUCUGUGAAGCUCACAAAGAUCCGUCUAAAGAUCCUGGCGAAUUUCAGGUGCAGCGUGCAGCUGAGGAGUGCGCACUGGUCAUUCCUACAGCCAUCAGUCCUGAACAGGCUCUUCCAAUCCUCAACUCUAUAAUCCAGACCGCCAAGUUCCCCAUCCAUUGGGCAGCCAUCAAGAUGCAGGUUGAGGUGGUAAAACUGGUCAGCCCUGAGGUCUUGACGCGUGCAUUGGCAGACACAGUUCCUGGCCUCCUCAUGGGCUAUGAUGACAGUGAUAGCAGGGUCCGUAAAGCCAGUGUCUUCUGUCUGGUCAACAUUUACAUGGCUGUAGGAGAGGGCCUUCGACCGUAUUUAACAGAGCUCAACAGUAGCAAGACAAAACUUCUGAACUAUACAUCAAAAGAGCACAGGAAGACUCCAAGAGUGGUAUGACCUCUCCAACCACCUCUGACACAUGAUGAGGUUGCAACCAUCGUCUCCUUCUUCUAAGAUGCUCUCUGCAAGAACGUGUACAUGAAUAAAGUGCAUCAGUGACAUGUUUUCCACAUGACUGAUGGAGUGCCAGCAGAGUGGGACAAAGCUGAUGAAUAGUGCUCAUGGUUAUUGUGUGCCCUCCCCAGUGUUCUUUUAGUUUUCCUUGUGUUUGGGUGGUGAAGAGACUUUCUCACACAAUCGUCACUGUGUGUAUUCUCAUCAUCAGAAGUGCGGCUUUGGAUUCUUCCUUGCUGUGAUGCAGUGGAUGAUGUGUGCUUGCGUCAGCAGAUAUUGAAGUAGGGCAGUUCACAUGCACUGUUAGUGGCAUGCAUGCACCAGCUACUUGGUGCAAACAGUGACAGCAGCACAGCAAAUGUGAAGAAUCUGGAGGGAAGAUAAUUUUUUUCUCUCUUUAUCUUCAGAUUAUACAGUGCAAUGUGAUUUGCAGAUGAUGGAACAUUGGUAUCUACACAUCACAGCUUAUUUGCAUUGUUGGAAAAAUUCAUAGCUGUCAUGAAUGCUAGUGUGUCCAGAAUUUUGUCUUUCACCUUCAGUGGGGACAAAAAAUUCUGCUGCCUGCUUUGCGACUUUUACAGGGACUGAUUCUGUUUCUGUGCAGUGCUUGCCCUACCUAUCAUGUUUAUGCAUGCAAGACAUUAAGUUGCUUCCCUUGUUUUUCCAUUCUGUUGUGGGACAUGAAGAAAAUGGUAAACAAUUCUGUGGUUUUUUAAAAAUUAGUUUUAUAAAAGUGUGGAUUGGUGAUAAUUUAAAAGAAAGUUUCUUUCCUCUUGGUGUUUGUAAGAUUGCAAUAAUUUGUAAGAAAGAAUGGCAUUUUGGGGAGUUAUUUUAAAAAAUGAAAUGCAAAGAAUGUGAAUUUUCCAGAAAUAUCAGGCGGCAUGUGGCGAUGAAUGGAGGUAGCAGAUCUCAUGUUUAGGAUACGCUACUUGCCAAGCUGAAUGAAUUCUUUAAAAAUUAAUAAACUUGUCUGUCUUCUAUUGGAAGGGAAGGCUAGACAAAAACAUUAAAAGGAAACACCUUCGUGCUACCCUUAAAACAUACUCGAGGAAUGUAGAUCUUCAAACUGAAGGGAGAGCACUGAUGUUCUCUUGGUGUUUGUAGUUGUACUUCCUCAGUGUUAUUUAUAGAUUAUACAGAAAUCAUACCCUGGUGGCGGUGUUGCUGUGUUGCUUGUGUGAAAUCUCCAAAGAAGUAAUAGAGCAGCUGGUCCUUCCAUCUGGGUACCAGGACUAUAUAGAGUCAUUGAAUGUAAAUGUUCAUUGACCCUUGCCUGGCUUUUAAUUGCUAAUCAUACGUAUGCUUUGCUCCUGCACCAGACGAAUGCUAUAUGCUUCCAUCAGUAGUGGGUGUAACAUCUGAACUUUGACACCAUAGAACGAAAAAUAGUAUUUUGUUUCAGAUGAUUCUGCCUGCACACCACACAUCCCUGAUCAUUUUAACGCCUUAUUUUUACUGAUUUGAAUAGCUGCUGGUGACAAAAUGGGUGUAAUUUGUGUUCUGCUAAUGCUUAUACGGCGUUAAGUUUAUGAAAGUGGCAAAACAGUGUGCAUAUGUUUGUGCGUGCUCAUGUGCAAGUACAGCUUGUCAUUAACGUUCUCAGGUCUAAUCAUACAACUCAUUCACCAACAUGCAUUUAGGAGUGAUUACUGCAAGAAGUGCCAGAGUAGAAGGCAAAGAAACUUGUGCUUGUUAUAUGUUCUGCAUCAUGAAAUAUUUUAUCAAUAGUGUCUAACAGGAAAUCCUAAGUUUUCUGUGACUUAUCGAUGUUGCAGAUCUUUUUUACUUGCAUAUAGUGCAUAGCAGGCUUUUGAUAGAACAUUGAAAUGUCUGCUGUGGCCACUAAAAAUAAAACCAGAUGAUUAUUAAAUAAGAGUAUGCCUGUAUGUGUGUGUGUUUAUGUGUGAGAGAAAAUGUUUGGCAUUCUUUUACAUUUAAAAAAAUCACCACACAAUGAUUUAUUGUUCCAAAGCACUUAUGAACAUCUAGAUUUCACCCCCAUCAGUGCUAGUUUGAGGGAGAUGAACGAGCAGAACUUAUUAGAGGCUGUUAAUUAUGAGUUUUAUAUUAGCAUUGUCAUUUAACUUUUGAGUUUAUUUCCUCAUCAGCGCAUUGUCUAAUCAUUAGGGUAAGAGAUUUCACCAGUAAAAAAGAACAGAAGUUGUGGAAUAAGAUUGUUGUUGCACUUGCUUGUGUUUGCUACUGUUGGGGAAAUAGUUUGGUGUGUAUGGGGGGCUUCACAAAAUUGAAGAGUUGCUGGUGAUAAAAGAAGCCUUUUGAUAUUUAUAUAAUAAUAUAAAAAUAUUGAAAAAUAAAGUCCUUUUCUUGCAAACUUCAUCUUGCCUUUUUUUUUCUGUCUUGGUCGGGGGUACGACUGUAUGGUCUGCAUCAUUCCACUUUCAUAAAAAAAAGUCUGAUCGUGUAAUUUGUCCUUCGCAUUGGUUCAUUUUGCUUUCUGAUGUAUAAUUCUAUCUUUAGAGCAUAAUGAAUAAAAGAACAGAGUGUGAGGGAAGGUGCUAAAGGGUUAAGCAAUCUGAGUGUAACACCAUAUGCUUGUCAAUUCUUUCAUCUGUUUCUCACUCCUUUGACUUUUCUUUUUUUAUAUGUUUAAUUAUUUUGCUGCUGAAACUGGAAACAAAAGAUCUUUGUGCGAUCAUACCUGAAAACAUAUUUUGGAGGUCCAGAAAUGUACAUAUGUUUCCAUACCUAUGAACUGUACAUCUGCACACAUGUGAUAGAGCCAGAUAAUAAAAAUUUAAACAUUAUGUAAGCCUUUAUAACUCAUCAGUACUUUUAUUGGAAGGGUUGUCAUGAACAGGCUUGCUAUCAGCCAAUAGAUGUUGCGUAAGAGGCGCCUUAUGUGGAUGGCUUGCACAAAGUGUCAAAAAAAUUGUACUUUUGGUGUUUGCAAAGGGCCAUGCCUUAGGUCUUUGUCAUGCAUUGAUGGUCAUACAAUAGCAUGGCAACAGAUUAGCAGGAUAUGCUUGAUGACUUAAGGAUUUAUCGUUGCUGCAAUACCCAGCAUGUGUGGAAUGUGUGCAGUUUGCUUAUUACUAUUCAUAUAGCUGUUUGCUCAUUGAAGCCUGGAUUGGAUUGAUUUAUAAAUAACAGAGCUACUUGUUUUUUAGAGGAAGGAGUCAGUUUGCUAUAGCUGUAGAAUUGCUUUUAGACCUGAGAGUGUUUACAUUCAUAAUGCAGCCGAGAAUCUCUUUAAAUAAAAAGGAAAUCUCCAAUUUUAGCCAUAUCAGAUUUGACAGAAAUAUACUGUGACGUAGUGUGAAUACAUUUACAUAUUUGGCAAUAUUUUACACUGAAGCAGGUAUUUUGUAGAGGAUAAAUAAGCAGAAUAAACUGUUGUCGCCUAACCUUUUUUUUUAAUGAUAUAUUCAGUUUUUGUGAUUUCUAUUUACAAUUGAAACAAAAUUGUGGUUUAUUUGGUGCUUGAUCUUGAAGAGUAAUUUUAGCAUUUCAGAUUCACGGUUUUUUACAGGACCUGAAACAGAAAGUACUAUUUUUGUUUUGUGUAGUCAAGAUGUUAUCAUAUAUUGCAUACGAUGAUUAAAAAAGUGUUUUUGUCGCUAGACUUUAUGCAAGUGAUAAUUGGAGUGGAAUGAGAGAAUUAGAAAAGAAUUUUCUGGAGUGACCCACAUAAACACUGAAUGUGCUUAUCAUUGACCUACCUAAACAUUUAAUAUGAUUAUUAUUGAACUUUGAAAAAUUGUUAUGUAUGUGUACACUGGCACUAUUAAUUUAAUGAUAUUUUUCUUUUAAGAAGAUCAUGGAUAAGGGUGAAAUGGUAAGGGCUGAGAACUGGUACCUAUUAAUUGAAAAGCAACAUCAACCACAUGAAAACAAAUACUUAUGAGGCUGACAGUUGUAGGUGUGAAAAUGACAGUUUUUUUGGGAAACUGCUUUUUUACCAGCUGCUGUUGGAAAGCAAAUAAACUGUGACUGUUUUGUGAACAGGUGGUUUCUGUUCCCCUUUUCACAAACUGUUUAUGGACAUGGAAUUAACUUAAUUCCACUCCUCUUCCCCCAGCUCCAGAAUUUACACAUCAUCUUGUUUUUGGGUAUCUUCCUUGUGCUAUGUCUCAACAAAUGUUUGGAUCAUGUUGUUGCUAGUUGAGAAAUGAGUUAGUGACUAGUGUCCUGAAUAAGCCACUAACUAAGGUGAUUCACAUUGUGAAGAUGUUGGUAUACAGGAGUCAUAAAGAAAUUCUCAUUUGUGUUUAAGGCAUGCAGUUGCAUUGUGUGAGUGAUAUUAUUGGAAACACUUUGCUGUACCUGCAUUGGAUGUAUGUUAUAAAGGUAUGCUGAUCUCUACUUCAGUCACAAGCUUGGACAGUUCUUUGACAUGGUUAACCAUUUAUCUUCAUUCUGGCUUUUUUUAGAACUACUGCUCCCCUUCCCUCCUUGUGCUUCCACGUAUUUGUGUGCAUGUCCCUGCAGUCCUCUUGUGACAUCACAUUUCACUGCAUGUUUCUCUGUGAAUAGGCUUGCUUCCUUUUCCUCCAUCUUUGUCAUGAUGCAGAAUGUCUUUUACUGUGAAGCAGAUCAGCAGCAGUGUUGAAAUUGUGUUUUUGUGAUUGUUUCUUUUUGUUUUAUAAAGUUUUACAAUGAAAAGAGAUGUUGUGUGUGAAGAGUGCAUGUUUAUUGGCCAGUGAUGGGUAUGGAUCAUUGAGUUCUUUAGAAAUGAAGAUUUAGAAGUAAGAGUUUAAAAGGUAUAACAUGACAGCUUGGUUUUGGUUUGAGAAAAUGCAAUGUUUACUGCAUUUUCCAUAAUAAUUGUUCUAGGCUAUUAGUUUUUUUUUAAUUAGAAGAGGGAUACCAUUAAGUUUUUUGAAUGUAAAGCUUCCUUGUGAAUGAAAGUAUACACGUGUAUUCUUUUUUUAAAAAUGUUUAUUUUUGCCUGUAUUUGACACCCAAAUUUCUUAGCACAGGAACAGGUUGUUUUCUUGCAAUAUCAUAGUGGACUCCCAACACAAAAAACUGUCCAUUUUUAAUGUGUAUGACACCUUUUAUAUUUCUUUCCAUUGGUUCAAUAUUUUGUCCAGGAUGUGCACAUGGCAUGUGUGGUUGUGCAGAUAGAUCAAAACUGUAUGUGCUUUUUUUUUUUUUUUGGCUGAAGGCUUUUCUAGCCCGGCUUUGGUUGCUAGAUGCGUGCCAAAUGUGAAAUAGACCAAGGUCAGUACCUAAUGCUGCCCGAACACAUGAACUUGCAUGAAUAUAAAUAUUGUGAAUAUUUAUGUAUGAUGUGUUUUGUUGAGUGUUGGCUCACUUUGUGUAAUUUUAAAAGCAUCACCUAUCUCAUCGGAGCUUCGUCGUUUGUUUUUUUUACUCCAGCUGUAACAAUGUUGUCAGAUCAUUAAAAAAUGUCAGAAUGUAAGCAAUUACCACCUGAGAAGUGAUGUGUCAAGUUUGUUAAACUGUUGAUUGAACAGUCAAUAAAUACAAUCUUUUUUGUA